UUUUUGUAAUCACUUCUAAAAUCAACCUUUCUCAACUCUCAAGUGAGCAAGCAAAACCAACUUUCCAAAAAUCAGAGGGUAGCUUUUGAUGGUCUUGACAUAUGUCGUGCAUAAGAACUCCAUGAUCCACUGCUCACAAAAAUAGCAAAACUCAAGACAAGAGUCGUUGGUUAGAAGUUAGAACCUUCGGGGAUGAUGAUUCCAGAGCAAUUUUAGCAAUGACUCUUCCCCAAGGAGAAACCAUUAGACUGAUUAAGGACCCACCAAAUUGUGAGACAAGAUAUUAAACGGCUCCAGAGGUUCUCGUCCCCAUCUCCACAAGGAGAGUUCAUCAACAGAGUAACAUUCAGUACUCCGUAAAGAUUUUCACAGUAAAAUAAAAAGUAAUCAGAAAGGAGUUUUUUUUUUUUUGAUUGGGUCUUAAUCGGCAUCGCGUCCUGUCUCCGUUGCUCCGGCUGCCUCUCAUUUUCGCCAUCACUUUUCUCUCCAUAUAAAAAGCAGUACUAAAGGACAGUUCAUAUAUGUAUGUUUAGUAGGUGGUUGACAGAGUAUCAUCAGAUAUUGAUUCUCACACUUUACAGGCGAGAUGUGUGUAUCCAACUAGUCAAACUGUAUCAAAACAGCGCCAUUCUGUUAGAUGAGUAAUGGAGUGACGUGUCAGACCCUCAAUUUUUUUGUCAGGAAAGUGGUAUUAGCUCUGCAUUUUAGGGUUGCCUGAUUAGGCGAUUCUAGGCUCACAAUUAGUGAUGUAAAGCAAAUAAGCAAUGGCUGAUGCUCAGAAGCAAAUCCAACAGAAGCCAGGGAGUAUGACAGGUAAUCCCCACGUUGAAUUCCAGAGGGGGCUUGAGGAGUUGACGAGUGGCCACUUCGAUGAUUCUUUGUCAUUUGUAUCCUCUGUGAGGGGUGACUUGGGUGAUGAUGAAGAGAAUGACCAGCUUGUUAAUCGGAGGGGAUCUGCCGCUGAGGAUGAACUGCCGGAGUCAUCUGCUGCCAGGCGGCACCACCAUUCACGGAUAUUUAGUAGGUGGGCUGCCAAGCAUGCACAAGAGAUGAUCAGCACCAUUGGAACUGAAAGGAGGGAUCCUGAGUCUGAGUUGUUGGCACGCUCCCAGGUACCUGCUGCCUCCAUGCUUGAUUCAUCAUCCUUGAGGGAAUCACAGUCCCCUACGGAAAGACUGACACACCCGAUGAGUAUGAACGUGCCGGGAAGCAGAGACAGUGAGAACCAAGGAAGCUUUGUUGAUGCUACCGAGAUGGAGAAUGACAAUAGAGUUCGGUCUUCUGAUCCGAUUUCACAAUGGAAUGAGAACUCGGAGCACAACGGUUUCAUCCGGGAGCAAUCUUCUGAUAUAGGUGAUGUGGAGAGGGAGAGGGUUGGAAGGAUUGUUCAUGGUUGGAUGGAGAGUGGUCUCUCAGAGGCAUCAUCUAUUGUUGUCGAUAGCAAUGGCAACUCGAGGGGGGAACAGAUCGAGGAGUCUGAACGUGAAGGAGUAAUGAUCGCGAGGGAGUCGGUGCAAAUGGACAGUCCACAAAUCGCAUUUCUUGAGUGUCAGAGGGAAGAACGGACCAACAGACCUGAUGAUGAUGAUGAAGGUCAGCAGCCAGAGCAUGCUCGUGGGGAGAUGCUGAGAUCAUGUGGAAGGCAGGGUCAGCUCGGUUUGAUUGUGGGGAGUGUAAGGGAAAGGCAUAGGGAACUUCAGAUGCUUUCGGAGUACCGCGCUGUUUCUGACUUUGGCCACCUCAAUCGCAUUCAAUCACUACUCAGAGGUAGAUUCCUGCGAAAUGAAAGGUCCAUUGAGGAGGAGAGUCCGCCUUCAAUGGCAGCAGCUGAGUUGGUUCAGCUGAGGAACCGUCGUCCUGUCUCUGGCUUGAGGGAAGGAUUCCGUUCGAGAUUAGAAAACAUUGUCCGCGGUCAAGCAAGCAGCAACUCUGAGCCUCCAUCUGACAGAAUCAACAGGGAUUCUCAAAAUCUCCAGACUCAUAUAAAUCCUUCAUUACAGAUUCCAAAUGAAAACCUUGAGCAAGUGCAGCCUAGUGAAGAUGAUGGUAAUACCCCUCAGCUGCAUGGUGAACUCAUAGAAAGUGGUGAUUUUAGUAUUAAUCAAAGCCCAAGUCAACAAUCAGUUCUUAAUCAGGGUAGAGAGGAAUUUGAUUCUGAGGGAGAGAACCGAGAAGACUUGACUUCAGGUGAAUCUACUGGGUGGACUGAUGAGACUGUUGAACACACAAGAAUGGACUGGCAUGUUAGUUCAGUAACUUCUCGGCAGCCCCUUGAGAUUGAAGGAGAUGCUAGUGGUGAUGAUCAAGUGCUGCAAGAAGGCCAAGAGGUUUGGCAUGGUGAUGGCUUGCAAGAGGCUGCAGAGAAUUUGACUGAGGAAUUUCCUGAUCAUCCUAGUCUGCAGCCCUCGGUCCUACUUAGUAGAUUUAAUAGAUUCCUACCCCCCGGUGAUGAGAAUAUAUACAGCUUGGAACUCAGGGAACUUGUAAGCAGGAGGAGUGUUUCCAAUCUUUUACAGAGUGGGUUCCGUGAGAGCUUGGAUCAGUUAAUUCAGUCAUAUGCAGAAAGGCAAAGUCGUGCACCUAUUGAUUGGGAUGUACACAGAAACCUGCCCCCCAUCCCCACCUCACCAGAAAGGGAGGACCAAGAACAACAGCAUAUUGAAGAUCAACAUGAUGAUAUUAUGGGUAGUCCACCAACUGUAUUACCAUCCCCUCCUGUGCCUCCACCACAACCUCUUCGGCAUCAAUAUAUGCAUCAAUCUGGUUGGGCUCGUCACACUGUCCAUCGUUCUGAAUUUGAGUGGGGGGCAACGAAUGAGCUGAGAGCAGACAUGGCAAAACUGCAGCAAGGUAUGAACACAAUGCAGAGGAUGUUGGAAGCCUGUGUGGAUAUGCAACUGGAGUUGCAGCGCUCCGUCCAACAGGAGGUGUCCGCUGUUUUGAACCGAUCCAUUGGGGGGGCUGCAGAGAACUCCUCAAUGGACAGUUCUAAAUGGAGCCAUGCAAGGAAGGGUAAUUGCUGUGUCUGCUGUGAUUGCCAUAUUGAUUCCCUGCUUUACCGAUGCGGGCACAUGUGCACAUGCUCAAAAUGUGCAAAUGAGUUGGUCAGAACCGGAGGGAAGUGUCCAUUAUGCCGAGCACCGAUUGUUGAGGUCAUCCGUGCUUACUCUAUUCUAUAAUUGAGAUAAAAAUUCGUGUCAUGAUUUUACUCCCAUUUUUCGGGUGUCCCAAUUUUUUUCUUUAGUUUUAUUUUAAGGAAAGAAACGUGUGUUAAUAUUGUCUUUCCUUGUAAAGUACUUUUAGCCCAACAGUUUAACCACACAAGUUUAUUUUCUUAAUAAAUGUGCCAAGUCAAGCCCAGAGUGUAGUCAAUAAUCCUUCUGUAUUUUUUGUCCUUCAUAUAAUAUUCCUAAAAUGGAUGCAACUUUACUAUCAAAUACUGGUAUACUAUUCUGAGUAGUGAUAUGGGUAUGAAAGGGUUUCCG